AUUGGGGAAAAAAAAAAAAAACCUGUAGUAGUCGAGUCCUCUUCCCCCUUCCCCACCCCCACUGGUCGCUGAGUAGUUACUGUUCUUCCUUCUCGAUCGCAGGUUUAUGUUCGUUUGGCGUAUUUGGUGUUAUUGAUUAACACAUAUCUGCUCAAUGCUUUAUGUGGAGUUGCGGAAGUAGGUGGUGGUGGGUAGGCACCAAUGUCGGAGAAAGGAGGAAAAGGUUUUUCACUACCAUCUAAAGGAGCCAAAUCAUCAUUGAAAGGGAAGGAUGAUAGUUCGGCUAAGUCAAAGAGGGGAAGGAAAGUUCACUUCAAUGCUGAGGGUUUGUCCGAGCCCAAUUUGAGUUCUCCGUUAAGUUCUGAUGGAAAGUUUCAAGGUCUAGGUGGUAAUGGUGAUAGGAUCAAAGUCGGAAAAGGAGACAAAUCCGUAAAAGGAGGAAAAAUUUCUGCAGUGAAGGAACCCCAGCCACUAGAGCUCAAAAUUGGGGCAGAACUUCCAGAAAAUGCUAAGUGCCUGAUGGACUGUGAGGCUGCAUUAAUCUUAGAAGGAAUCCAGGACCAGAUGGUUGUGUUAUCUAGAGAUCCAACAAUUAAAAUCCCUGUAUCAUUUGACAAAGGACUGCAGUAUGCAAAAAGCAAAAACAAUUUUACGGACCCUCAGCCCGUUAGAAAGCUUCUCGAGACUCUGACAAAUUAUGGUGUCACUGAUGGUGAGAUAUGUGUGAUUGCCAAUGCGCAUCCAGAAACUAUUGAUGAGGUUUUCGCUCUUGUUCCAUCCCUGAAGGAUAAAAGAAGCUCCAUCAGCAAACCCCUCGAAGGGAUACUAAGUGGGUUAGCUAAUCUCCGAAAUUCCAGUUGAAUCCUCAUCUCUCGAAGAUGCUCGAGUAAGAUAUUUUGCUGGCUUCUUCAGUAACUUUUAGCUCAAUGUGGUCUAGUAUAUAUUGCCGGUGUAAGUGGGACGAAAGAUGGAGCUUUUUUUAGCCUUGACACUCACGAUGUGCUGCCUUCACUGAGUCCUCAACUUCUUAUACACUAUCUUUUGCAUUUUAUUUUCGUUAAGAAAAAAAACGGACUAGUAUUUGUCGGUGUCUUUGAUCUGUAUCAGAAAAAUAUAUAAUUACUGACUCACAAUGUGAAUAGUUCAGUCAUUAUUGUUCUGAAAAUGUUCCUUUUGAGCUCUGUAUGUUGGUAACAUUUUCAGCCUGAGUAAUCUUUUGAUCUUUCAAAAGGCACAAAUGGGCUAGAAGGUAUUACAAAUGUGGUUUAUUUCA